GGAGGGAGGUUGCUUGUGACUGAGAAUGCAAGAGAGGACAACAGAGGAGGACAGAUCGGAGGCAGAAAGCAGGAGGCGUUGCUCGCAGUCAGGAGGAUGCUGCUCUGACAUGCAGACCUUCUCUGACGCCACCGGUUCUACCUGAACUACUGACCGCAGAAAAGCCCGCUCACACACCGGGUGCUCGUGUUUUUUCUCCCCGCAUUCUCUUCACCCUGUCGCUCUCCCCUGGACCGGCUUCUGUCGCCAUGCCGUCGGCCGCACGCUCGGUCCGACUCCGCGGCACAUUGCCUGCGGUGCUGUGGAUUUGGCUGCUGUGGGGCAGCGUCUCAGCAGGAGACAUCCCCACAGUCCCCCCCUCUAUUCAGUCUCCAAUGGUGACAACGGGGAGCACAAGGGAAGACAGCACAAAAGGCAAAACUUCCAGCCUUGCAGCAGGAGGUUUACUACACUCAGUGCUGGCCCAAAAAGGACGUCUCGUGUCCAAGAAAGGGGAGAUCAUCCCCUCUGCACUGCCCCAGAAUCUGCUCCCUCUCCUGGGCAGAGGGCUCAGCGUCAACUCCUUCCAUGGAAGUAACACCCAGGAGCAUCAAAGCGAGGGAUUACCAACAAAGGUAAAGUCCCCAACAUCAGCUGCAGCAUCAGGAGAGGGCAGCCGUCCAAGCCAACCUCCUUCCAUAGACACACACUCUCAGCUGCUUCACACAUGGACAAACACGCCUGAGCCAGAGGCUAAAAUAACCACUAUGGGCACUACUCUGGACAUGGACACAGACACAGACACCGAAACACCUUUAUCAGCUGCAUCCAACUGCGUGGUAAAUUUCUCAGACCCAGAGGGAUACAUAGACUCCUCUGAUACCCCACCUCUAGCUGAUGGUCUCUUCCUGCACUGCACCUACACUGUGACCGUGUACACUGGCUACGGAGUGGAACUGCAGGUGAAGAAUGUAAAUCUGUCGGACAGUGAGCAGCUGUCCAUCAGAGGUGUAGAUGAUCAUGGUGCCAUACUGGUUCUGGCCAACCACACACUGCUGGUGGAAGGUCAGGUGAUCCGCAGUCCCACCAAUUCUCUGUCCGUCUACUACCGCUCUGCGCCGGAGGGAAGCAUGGGCCUCUUCCAGCUGCACUAUCAGAUCUUUAGGCUGAGUUGCUCACUUCCGAAGAGACCUCACUUUGGGGAGGUGUCAGUGCUGGAUCUGCUCCCUGGAGGCAUAGCGCACUUUCACUGCCACAUGGGUUAUCACCUGCAGGGGGACUCUCAGCUCACCUGCAUUAAUGCCUCGCUUCCGGUUUGGAGUGGCAAGGAGCCAACCUGCAGGGCUCUUUGUGGAGGCACUGUAAAGAAUGCAACAGUAGGGCGGGUGCUGUCUCCAUCUCCCCACCCUGGACCAAAUGCUACUUUUGACCGUUCCUGCUCCUGGUCCCUGGAGGCACCUAAAGACCAAAGACUGCAUCUGCACCUGGAGAGACUGGCCCUGGGACCAACUGACAGGCUGGUGUUAUGGAGUGGCCUGGAUGCCGGCUCUGUGGUUCUGUUCGAUUCGGGGCGGGGCGGACAAAUACCCUUUGAAGGGGUGAUCAGCGAAGGUCCAGCUGUUAGGGUCCAGUUCAUCACUGAUCAGCCUAACCAUGAGACAGGGUUUACCAUCCGCUAUGAAGCUUUUGAGCAUGGCCACUGCUACGAGCCAUACCUCCAGAAUGGAAACUUCACAACAUCGGAUCCCUUGUAUGGCGUCGGAGCAGUGGUUCAAUUUACUUGUGACCUGGGUCAUUCUUUAGAACAAGGCCCUCCAGUUAUUGAGUGCAUAAGCGCCAGGGACCCAUACUGGAACGACACUGAGCCUCUCUGCAAAGCCCAGUGUGGCGGGGACUUGACGGGUCCAGGAGGAGUGAUUUUGUCCCCAAACUGGCCUGAAUGGUACGGAGAAGGAGAGGACUGCAGCUGGAGGAUACAUGUUGGUGAAGACAAACGAGUGCUGCUUGAUGUUCAGCUACUAAACAUCAGCGACAGCGACAUGUUGACCUUCACUGAUGGUGACGAGGUCACGACUCGGAUCCUGGGUCGUUACGUUGGAGGCAGCGGCCCAUUCAAACUCUCCUCCAGCACGCCGGACCUGACUGUCUCCUUUCACUCUGACCCUGCCGGGCUUGUCUUCGGAAAGGGGGAAGGUUUCAUCAUAAAUUAUAUGGAGGUGUCCCGAAACGACUCCUGUCCUGACCUCCCUGAGAUCCAGAAUGGCUGGAAGACCACUUCACACGUGGCGCUAGUGCGGGGAGCUCGGCUCACCUACCAAUGCGAUCCUGGCUAUGACUUGGUGGGACGGGAGACCCUCACCUGCCAGCUGGACCUUUCUUGGAGCUCUCAGCCUCCCUUCUGUGAAAAGAUCAUGUACUGUUCAGACCCAGGCCACGUGGAACAUUCCACCAGAACCUUGUCUGACCCUAAACUGCUGGUUGGCACAACCAUUCAGUACAGCUGCAACCCCGGCUUCGUCAUGCAGGGUGGUGCCACCAUCACCUGUUACGGCCGUGAGCCAGGGACACCCGUGUGGACAUCUCGACUUCCUCACUGUGUAUCUGAGGAUUCUGUUUCCUGUGAGAACCCUGGUCUCCCUGAUAAUGGCUACCAGAUCCUGUCCAAGAGGUUGUACUUGCCCGGCGAGUCACUCACAUUUGUUUGUUACCAAGGUUAUGAGCUCAUAGGAGAGGUGGCCAUUAAAUGCAUCCUUGGGAACCCCUCAUUUUGGAGCGGCCCUCUUCCACUUUGUCGGGCUAACCAUGACUGCUUUGGCAACCAUGCUUUGGAAGUUGCAGAGGCGACUGCUGGCUCCCCUCUGGAUGGAAGAAACAUAGCGCUGGCCAUCUUCAUCCUUGCUCUGCUGCUGUCUGUGCUGCUCGGAGGGGUGUAUGUCUAUGUCACAAGAUGCAGAUAUCACACCAACCUAAGGCUGCCUCUUAUCUACCCGCACCCUUACCGACAAAUCACUGUGGAGACAGAAUUUGACAACCCGCUUUACGAGACAGGAGGACAGGACACUCGUGAAUAUGAAGUAUCAAUAUGAGACACGUCUAAGAACACUUCUCGAUCAACCAACCAAUGCUGACACCUCAUCUUCCCUCCCUGACCCUUUCUACCCAGGAGGAGGCCAUGUAAAUACAAAUGAUGUCUAGCCCCUCCUUGCUACAAGACACAAUUACUUAUCCUGUUCUCCCCUUCUUUGAUGUGAUAGCUUUUGUAGACCGAUUAAUGGGAAACUGAAGAAGACAUAAAGCAAAGAGAUAUGCUGGUCAGUGACACAUCAGUGGGAGAUAAUAUGGACAGUAAUAAAGAUGGACGUCCGGGACAGGAAUCAACAGGAGAAAUGUGAAAUUAAGGGGUUAAAACAUGUUCUUUUCAGAGAAUCACAGAAAUUAGAUUUUAUUUAAACUAAAGCCCAUUUGUAAUACAGCCAUCGUCAGACUGUUUUUCUGUAGAAGCCAAUUAAUGUAUUUUGUAGUUAUAUUUGUUACUGGAACAGUCCAACAUUUCUGCAAUUAAUUCGUAAUUGUUUACAUGCAAGAAAUCAACAGAAAACAAUAAUCAGAAUUUCUUUUACAUUCUAAAUACAGGAGAGAAGUGUGUACUUUUGGAAAACCUGCAAAAGAUCCAAUUGAAAUGUAAAUACAACAAGCUGCCUGAAGGAGAUAAAAUGACUACCAGACUACAUGGGGCUCUGCUGUGUUGUGAAAUGUAAAUAAUAGAUCCUGAACUGAAAGGGAAGAAUGUUUUGUUGCAAAACAGUAAUUGGGCUCUAACGCAGACUGGUUUUAUUGGGUUUCAAUGGUGCGAUUGCAAACACAAACCAGGUGUGCUGCAUGCAACUCUUGGAGUGUCCACAAAAAGGUGAGAUACUGUCUGUUCAUACAAAUUGACAGGCUCCUUUGAACAGAGGUAUCACUUGGCAAAAAUUCUGUCUGUUCUUAAUGGUUUUCUUCACCACCAUCGAUGCACUGUCCAGCUAUUCAUGUCAAUAACCGCUGUUACCAUUGUUCUUGUAGUGGAUCUCAAGUGUGCACACCCCUGUAAAAAUUCCAGGUGUUUGGUACUCAGAUGUAACAACAAUGACCCGAUAACAUUACUUAAUCUUAUGCUGCGCUAUGCAGAUAUCUGCACAGAUAAAGACUUUCUCAUAUUGGCAUGCAAGAUGCUUAGGGGGAAUAAUUCAGCUAAAGAUCAUCUGACCACUUGGGAGUGCUUUUAGAACAUUAAACUAUAAAGGUCAGUUUCUAUAAAUGUAAACGUUCAAACCACUUCACUGUUUCAUUUAGACGCAAUACAAACAUUCAAGACACCUUCUUUUCACCUGUCAGUACUUUGGGGUUGCUUCAAAAAACAAAAAUCAACUUAAAUCAACUACUGUGAAGAAACUAUUAUUUUUGAAUAAAACUGCCAAAAAACAUCACACAAGUACAUCUAAUAUGCACCAAAAAAUCAAAUAUGAAUAAAUAAAAAUAAAAGAUAUAUAAAAAUAUACUAUAGUACAUUGGCAUGAAAAAAUAUUUUCCUGCUUCAAGACUUUUUCUUUAUUUUCUCUUUUUCGCACUAUGUUUCAUAUGAACAAACAACUUUUUAUGUUAAAGAAUGAUAAACAGAGUGAAUACAAAAAGCUAUUUUUUUUCACUUAAGGGUUUGAAAAGCUAUCCAAAGCAACUUGGCCCUGGGUGAAAAAGCAGUUACCUCCUUGAGUAAAAUAUAAAUUCACUGUGAUUAAGGGUUUCAAAGCCAUUCUACAGAUUUGGGAGAGGUGAACCUUCCUCUCAAAAUGACUCCAUUGGUGCAUCACUUACUCAGGACAUCUGGAAGUCACAUAAGAACCAAGUCCUGCAGUGUGGCUAAAUUAAAACAAUUCUUCAAAGAAGAGCCAGGUAUUGCAAACACUUGGUGGUAGUUGUGACCACCAAUUUAUUGGUUUAUUAUUGGUUAUUAGGUUUUUGGGGCAAUUUCUUUUUCACAUAGGGCCAAGUUGGUUUGUAUAGCUUUCUUUCCUGAAUGAAUGAAAAUGAUAUAUGAAUACUGCUUUUUGUAUUUACCUGGGUUACCGUAGUCUGAUAUAAAAUGUACUUUGAUCAUCGGAAACAUUUAAUUGGGACAUAAAAACAAAAUCUAAAAAAAUCAGUUAAAGGUAAAUACUUUUUAAUAGCACGGAACCACAUCUGUAAACCGUCAUGUCUUGCCACUUUUAUGAAGUAUUUAUGUCAUUUAUGAUGCACCCCCAUGUCUACCGGGAUGUAGGGUGUAUUAUUUACCAUUUGUGACUGCAUAAGGAAAGAGUGGGCUACUUUGUCGCCAUGUCAUCACUAUUGAAAAACAGCAGGUCCUCUUCCAUGUGAGCCACUGAGGUGAAUAAACCUCACAGUGCCGAUAUAUGGUCUGCAUAGCAAAUAAUGAGAUUAAGUAGCACUAGUCAUUUCUACAAUAUUAGCCUAGCAUUUACAUACAUUCUGUAGCAGGGGAGCAAAUGUGUGGUUCAUGAAGCGUCUCAUGUCUGGAAAUGCAUGCCUUCCUAGUUUAACUGGAGCUCAAAUCACUAGGCUACAGUAUUGGAUGGACAGAAAAGUGAUACUGGUGUGUCAUUUACUUAAAGCAGCAUAGUUUAGAAACACAAGGAAGAUACACCAUAGUUUGAUCGGGUUAUUAAAAUCCAGUAGGGGAAAAAAACAACUCCUAAACAUUUUUAUUUGAUCAGACAGUGGAAUAUAAAUGCAGGGCAUGUAUCUUUUUUUCUUUUAUUGAAGGUUAUCUGUUUGUGUUGUAGUGACUGGCUUAUAAAGGAUGUCAAUCACAUCUAAUUCACUGGAACUUUAACACAUCCACAUCUGAACAUGUAAUAGGGCCACUGUUGCCAUUACUACAUUAAUGGAGGUGCUGCUAACUAUAACAGCUUAUUGAUAAUUCAUGAGAACAGUAUAAUUUUUUUGUCCACAUUGAUGAGUCAUGGUCUGUUUUUAUUAGUUAACAAUACUAGGAAGGAAAAUGUAGCUUCUUUAAUUUUUUUAACCUAGUCAGCCUGACACAGAAAGUCUCUUGUCCGCAGUUGUCCUCCUGCUUGCAGUCACAUGAAAGACCUUUUACUCCAAAUGGGGUCCUUCUGGUCUUAGCUGUAGGGAAGUUAAACAGAAAUGGGAUUCUUGAGGGCCAGUGCAGCUGGAUUAAUGGCAUCCCUGGAGUUAACACAUCAGGUGAGGCUGAUGGUUAGAGAAUGAGGUAAUAAAAAGGCUUCAUUGCAGAUGUGAAUUGCGUAGCUGUAGUUAAUUGAUCAAUAUUAAAGUGCAACUCAAACAAUCCCAAAAUAUGUAUUUAUUUUGAUGUACUGUAAAUGUGAUGUUUUAUGCAGUAAAUAAUAAAUAUACAUUUUCAUUAUGAUUGGACAGAUAUCAGUUUACUUAAAUAAGAAGUAAAACGUAAAUAAAACAAAGUAUGAAAUACAGUUCGUAAAGAUUGGGGUAUUUUAAGAUUUGUGUGUGUGUGUGUGUGUUCUUGUACUUGCUACUGAGCCAGAACCAUUUUUGUAUUUUUAUCUCAAAGUGAGAACAUUUUGACAAAUUGAGGACAUUUUCCUGGUCCUCAUUUUUCCAAAUGCUGUGCUUGGGACAAGGGUUAGGUUAAGGACUAGAGUAUGAAUUGAGUUAUGGUUAGGGUCAGGGUUAGGCACUAGAAAUCAAGAAAAAUGAAUGGACGUCAAUGGAAUUAACUGAAAACUCCUCAUAAAGAUAGUAAAACACGGAUGUUUAUGUGUGUCAUGUUUUGUGGCAGUAGAUUACAGUUCUUUCCUUGACCAGAAAAAAAUAUUAUAAAAGUCUAAUUUGUGAAAUGAGUACAUUCCAUCUCCUAUAUUGUGCAUCAUUCUACUGUUGAUCCGAAAACUGAUUCCUUCAUGAUAUCUUUAAAGAUGUGUUAAAUUCAAGAAUAACAAUCAGAAUCCACUUUAUUGGCCAAGUGUGCCCAGUAAGUAUAGUAAUACUAAACAGAUUAACAGGGAUUUGAAACAUUUUUCAGGGUUUCUGCAUAGUCUGAAAAGUAUGUAAUUAGACUUAACUGUGGAGAACUAUGGAUAGGUAUGGGUAAAGAUAACAGGGUAUGGAAAUCAUUUAUAUUUUCCAAUUUAAUUUCCAUCCAUUCAUCAUCCAUUCAUACUUACAGUUUGACUCCAAGAUGCUUCAUUUUAGUAAUACAAUCAAAGAAAAGUCUGGAAUUUUGUGUUGAUUUUAAUGAUUACAACUGCAUGGUGAAAAAUGUAAUGGGUAGACACAGUCUGCUACAAUUAACACUACAGUGUUUUGUCUGUCAUAUUUUUUUGAAAGGAGUUGAAAAUGGUUAAAAGGAAUUAAUGAAAAUAAAUUUGAGUCAGACAAGAUAA